UAGAAAAGUACGUCAAACAAACACACCACGUAUCACAAAUUAAAACAAAAUUGUGUUGAAUCAAAACUAUUAAACAAAAAUGGUGAGUAUCAUGAAGAUAAUGAUGAUCAUGGUUUUGUUAGUGGUUGGCGUCAGUGCAAAGACGGUGGAAGAAUGUAAACGAACAACGUGCGCGACUAAAUGUCGUGACAGCAAAAGUUUUGCUUGUUCUGAUUGUAUCAUUCAUUGCGCUUUUCCUGGAAGUGAAAGCAAAAUAAGUCAACCACGGGCUUUGUGUCUCAGGAAUUGUGAUGUCGGAUGUCGCCCAAGCAACACCUGCUACCAACGUUGUAUUAAACACUGUCCUCCUCAAUCUUUGAUUUGAGAUUUACGUGCACCUGCCUUUUAGAUUCGAGUCUUUGAUGUUUGGAUGUAAUUUACAUGAAAUUACGUCUCGUAAACAUAUUUAAAUUUAAUAAAUAAAUAAAUUUAUUGAAACAUUUGGCGGUGUCACAAUUAC